AUGCGGCCAAAUAAGAUAUCCACGCACCUAAAUUCUUCCCCGGACAUCCCCCUCCUCAUAGACGGCGCCCUAGCAACCUACCUUGAACACCUGGGCGCCGAUAUAUCCGGCUCCCUCUGGUCCGCUUCCAUCCUCCUGUCCCGUCCCGACCUGAUCAAAAAAACGCAUCUCGACUACUACCGCGCCGGCGCCAACAUCGCCAUCACCGCAAGCUACCAAGCGUCCAUCCCCGGCCUAGUCAAGCACUUGGGCUUGGGUGAGAAUGAAGCGAAAGAUGUUGUGAAAAAGAGCGUGCAACUCGCCAUCGAAGCGCGAGACGAAUACGUCCAAUCGAAACUAGAAGAGUCAUGCGAGAGAAGCGUCGACGCCGCCUCUCUACGCGAAGACCUCUUCGUCGCAGGCAGUGUCGGCCCGUACGGCGCAUAUCUCUCCGACGGGUCUGAAUACCGCGGCGACUAUGACGUCGCGCACGAGGCCAUGAAGGAUUUCCACCGCGGCCGCGUCCAGGCGCUUGUUGAUGCUGGCGUCGAUGUUCUCGCGUGCGAAACUAUCCCGAGUAGACGCGAGACGGAGGCGCUGCUUGAUUUGCUUCAGUCAGAGUUUAGAGAUGCGGAAGCGUGGUUUACGUUCACGCUGCGGGACGCCGAGCACAUUGCCGACGGGACCUCACUCGUCGAUAUCGCGGCGCUCUUCGAGACCGCGGAGCAAGUGGUGGGGUUGGGGUUUAACUGCGUGCCAGACGAUUUGGCGCUCGCGGCGCUGAAGAAUCUCAAGCCGUUGGUGAAGAGGGGGACAAUGGUUGUGUAUCCGAAUUCAGGGGAGCAGUGGAAUGCGAAGGCGAGGGAGUGGGAGGGGAGCAGGACGGAGGGCGAGGGUUUGGCGAGUAAGACGGUGGAGUGGGAGAGAGCGGGGGCGGGCUUGAUUGGGGGGUGUUGUCGGACGACGCCGGGAGGAUAUUAG